CCCUCAGUCACUUGGCUCGCUUCGCUCUCUUUCAGUUACAGUGUGAGACCAAGCAAUAGAGCCGUUGGGAGCUCUUUCAAAAGCGUCAAUGGCGGUCUUAGUGUUUGUUAAUCUCAACCGCCUUCUUUGACUCUCUCUGCAGAGUUGUACGGUGUUUAGCGAGCAUUCACGAGAAGAGAGGCUCCUUGGUUCAGAUCUGAAAAGAAAUGAAACAGCUCGUUAUCUGCUUGAAGGGUUAAAGUUUUUGAAGAAGAGUGAGGCAAAUGGAAGUUCUGGGUGUUAUUUUCUCUUCUAUUUUCUUGGUGGGUUUAGUUUUUUUUCAGGGAAAUGCGGAGCCAGUUGAGGAUAAGCGAGCUCUGCUCGAUUUCGUGAGCAAUAUCCCUCAUUCUCGCUCUCUCAACUGGAACGAGAGCUCCCCUGUAUGUAACCACUGGACCGGAGUGACUUGUAGUGAGGACAACUCUCGCGUAAUAGCCCUCCGAUUGCCCGGAGUCGGGUUUGACGGUCCGAUUCCGCCCAACACUAUAAGCCGCCUCUCAGAUUUGCAAGUUUUGAGCCUCAGAUCCAAUGUCAUUACUGGGAAUUUUCCUUCUGAUCUUGCCGAGCUCAAAAACUUAUCCUUUCUGUACCUUCAAUUCAACAACUUCUCCGGUCCAUUGCCAUCGGAUUUCUCAGUUUGGAAGAACUUGACUAUUAUCAAUUUGUCUAACAAUCGUUUCAAUGGGAGCAUUCCUUACUCGCUCUCGAAUCUGACUCAGCUGGCGGGUUUGAAUCUUGCAAACAAUUUACUUUCUGGUGAAAUCCCUGAUCUCAAUUUGCCCAAAUUGCAACUUCUAAAUUUGUCCAACAAUGAUCUGAAUGGUACUGUACCUAAGUCACUUCGGAGGUUUCCGAUGUUGAUGUUUAGUGGUAACAACGUUUCUUUCGAAAAUUUGCCUCCUAAUCUUCCUCCAGUGUUUCCACCCUCUCCAGAAGCUUACCCAAAGCCUAGGAAUUCUGCAGGGCUUGGUGAAACGGCAUUGUUGGGAAUUAUAAUUGCUGGGGGUGUUCUAGGAGUUGUGGCAUUUGUUUUUCUAAUACUUGUUUGCUGCUUGAGAAGAAAAAGGGAAGAUGAGUUGUUAUCGGGUAAGUUGCAGAAGGGAGAGAUGUCACCUGAGAAAGUGAUUUCGAGGAAUCAAGAUGCAAAUAAUAGAUUGGUUUUCUUUGAGGGUUGUAACUAUGCAUUUGAUUUGGAGGAUUUACUGAGGGCCUCUGCUGAGAUACUUGGAAAGGGGACCUUUGGUAUGGCUUAUAAGGCGAUUCUAGAGGAUGCAACCACUGUGGUGGUGAAGAGGUUGAAGGAGGUGAGCGCUGGGAAGCGGGAUUUUGAGCAGCAGAUGGAGCUUGUGGGAGGUAUUAGACAUGAGAAUGUGGUGGAGCUGAAGGCAUAUUACUAUUCCAAAGAUGAGAAGCUGAUGGUGUAUGAUUAUUACAGCCAAGGGAGUGUCUCGGCUUUGUUACAUGGUAAAAGAGGAGAGGAUAGGACCCCUUUGGAUUGGGAUUCCCGUCUAAGAAUAGCUAUAGGUGCAGCAAGAGGCAUUGCUCGUAUCCAUUUAGAGAAUGCUGGGAAGCUAGUCCAUGGCAACCUCAAAUCCUCAAACAUCUUUCUCAACUCUAAACAGUACGGAUGUGUCUCUGAUGUUGGCCUGGCAACUGUAAUGAGCUCACUGGCCCCACCUAUCUCCCGAGCUGCCGGAUACCGAGCCCCAGAAGUGACAGACACCCGGAAAGCAGCGCAGCCUUCCGAUGUCUACAGCUUUGGGGUGGUUUUACUGGAGCUCCUCACUGGAAAAUCCCCCAUCCAUACUACUGCAGGUGAUGAGAUUGUCCACUUGGUCAGAUGGGUUCAUUCAGUCGUCCGAGAAGAGUGGACUGCAGAAGUGUUUGACCUAGAGCUGAUGAGGUACCCAAAUAUUGAGGAAGAGAUGGUGGAGAUGUUACAGAUAGCAAUGUCAUGUGUUGUGAGGAUGCCAGAUCAGAGACCAAAAAUGCCAGAAGUAGUGAAAUUGAUUGAAAAUGUCCGGCGGCUUGAUACCGAGAAGCAGCCGUCAUCUGGAAACAAAUCUGGAAGUUCAACCCCACCACAGCUGGUGGUGGUUGGGACAGAUUCCUCUAUUUCAAAGUGAUUGAACCAUUUUUAUAUUUUUCCCCUGCUCUGUUGGUGUAUUGUUAGUUCAAUUCAUCCAAGAUGUUCUGCUCCUGUUGAUGAACAAAAUUAUGAUUAAUUUUUGUCAACCUGAUCCCAGUAAGGUAGAGUUGGGUAAGGUUACAUAUCGGUGUAUCCACGUGCUGUUGAUGCCGGUGAUGGCGGUAAGAUGUGCUCUAUAACCUUAUUUCUC